AUGGAGAGAGGCGGCGAUGCGGCUGGUGGUCGUGCCGACGCCGGGGAAGGGGGCGGCGCAGAAUUUGCUUUGGAAGAAAAAUUACUAGAGAAAAUCGGGAAAGAAUUGGCAGGGAAAUGUGGUAAUUUGGCUCUAGCAAUUUGUAUACUCGGUGGGGUGUUGAGAAAUAAAAAAUCUGUGAAGGAUUGGGAGUCGGUAAAUGAGAACUUCAAGGCAGUUCUAUAUGGAGCCCACGAUGCAAUGGACAGGAAAAUUGAGGAAGUGGUAACUUUAAGCUAUGAAAAUCUACCUUAUAACUUGAAGCCGUGCUUUCUAAGUUUGGGUAUAUUAAGAGAGGACGAAAUAAUAGGUGUUGAGGAGCUAUAUGGGAUGUGGAUAGCACAAGGCAUAAUUCCAAAUCAAGGGAAUGAUGGAAGUUUAAUGGACACCGCUGAGCUCUUCUUACAUGAGUUGGCCAUGGCGUCCAUCGUCCAAUUAGUUGAUGAUGAAAUUGAAUAUCGUCCCCCACCCAUAGGAAAAUUUUCUACAUGCAAACUUCAUGAUAUUGUUAGGGAACUAUGUCUGAAAAUAGGGGAAAAGGAAGACUUUGGUGUGGCGAUUUUGGAGUAUAACGAUGGGAUAUUGAGAACCAUAACACGGGGAGCACGACAACGGCAUUUGGCUAUCCAUUUCAGAAAUAAAUAUGAAGAUCGACUCCCUACAGAAACUCAUCCUCACGAAGAUGUAAGAUCUCUUCGAAUACUCAAUGAUGCCAUUGAUUUUCAAGCUAUUGAAUUUCCACCACAAAGUAUCGUUGAUUUUAAGAAAUACAAAUAUCUAAGGGAGCUUGUCAUCGAGUCAUUCAAAUUUGAAGGACGAAAGUUACCAAAAGGAAUCAUUGAUCUUGUUCUCCUUAGAUGUCUGCGUUUACAAUCAUGUAAACUUGAUGAGUUACCCUCGUCCCUGAGAAAAUUGGUAUAUUUAGAAACCCUUGAUUUACGCAAAUCAUCGAUUUCUAAAGUUCCGGAUGUUUUGAAGAAGUUGUUACGAUUGUUCCUGCCACCUUAUUUUGGUGAGGCAAGGGAAUAUUGUGGACCGAGAUUGGACGAGGCUGUAGAUGAAUUGGAGACUCUGGUAGGGUUCAAUAGUUCACUGCAUGAAUUAACUUGUACUAGUAGUUCGAAGAAUCUCCGACAAUUUCAUGCAGAAAUACGGGAUCAUAAACACUUGAUAGUUAUUCUCGACGCCAUUACUAACAACUGGAAUAAGUUAAAGCAUUGUGAGUUGGAGGUUACUGGAAAUUGGCAGUUAACAAGUGAGGAUGAGCUGAUACAAUUAUUCACAUGUCCCAAACUUAGUUUCUUGGACAUUAUGGUUGAGUUUGGGAAGCUACCACUGAGUAGCGCCUUCAUUAGCUCAAAAAUAGUGCGAUUGCACUUUUUUUUCUCUAAAAUUGAGGAUGAUCCAAUGGGGAUACUUGGAAUGUUUCCUUCCUUAAAAGAAUUGAUGUUAAUGCCGGGAGCGUUUGUUGGAGAGCAGAUGAGGUGUCCUGCAUCGAGUUUUCGUAGCCUCAAGUGGCUUGUACUAAAUGGUUUACCAAACUUGAGGGAGUGGAUAGUGGAGCAAGGAGCCAUGCCUUCUCUUUCUAAAAUCUACCUCCAUGAUUGUCCUAAUUUGAAGGUGCUUCCAGAUGGCUUGCGUUGCAUUUCUACUCUUAAAAGAGUCGCCGUUAAUAACAUGCCAGAGUUGGCAAAAAGGGUUUCUCCAGGAGGAGAGGAUUUCCCCAAAAUUCACCAUGUUCCUUUAAUUAACAUUCAUGAAGAUUAG